AUGGCUGCAGCGCCACCCACCGAGGACGUCGACGAUUGGGUCAAACUGGCCAUGAAAGACGACGUGGCGGUCGUCGGUGUUCUUCUUGAUAUCAGACACGCCGAGCCGCCACCGCUGAUGCUCCAUGGCGCCUCUCCGGCACUGAAGCUCGAGUGGAGCGUGCGGCAGAGGCGCUCCAAGCACGUGCCACGGCAACAAAGCGACGUUGUUGACGUCAAAAAGAAGAAGAAAGCGGAGGAGUCGACCAGAGCCAGCCCCACCACGCCGCUCUCCUGGAGCGGCGCCACUUCGGUCAGCGGCGGCGAAGAGUCCAGCAUGCCGCGUAAGCCGGCCAACGCCGCGAGAUCUAAGGUUGCUGUGACGAGUUGCGCAACCAUCUCCAAGAGGCCAAGAAAGAGGAAGACAUUAGCUCAACUUAAAGAGGAGGAAUGUCUUCUGUUGAAGGAAAGACGCAAUCUGAAAAAGGAACUACAAACACUACGCCUCAAUGUCGAGAAGCAGAGGGCCACAAAUGAAAGCUUGAAAAAAAUAAAGCUGCAGCAAACAAUGAUGAAAGUUGCAUCUUCUUCUGCAUCGGGUGAAGGCAUUUGUUAUCAACCCACACAAGUAAAUGCAGUUAGUGAACUUGCUAGAGUCAUUGAUCUUGGCACUUCAAAGAGUUCCUGUCCAUCCAACAUUUCUAAUAUGGUACAUGAAGUUGGGAACUGCCGAGAAGCUGCCUUUCCACUACCCGAUCUAAAUCUUCCAUUUGAAGACAAUCAGAACCCCGAGGCUUUAUAUGGUAUCAGCUGAGAAGAUUCAAAACUACACUAAUAUUAGAUUUUUCUAAUUAUGCGGCAUCAAGUUCAGCAGCAGCAUUUAGCUUAAUAUGAUAAAGUUCAUCCAUCCUAAUUGUGUUUUUAGGUUGACAAACUAAAGUGUAAGUAUGAAAAUCAGUUAUCUUGACUGCUUAUUGAAGUAAAAGUGGCACUGAGAGUAGCUUAGAGAUCCUAACCCCGUAG